AUGGCCCUCAAUGUUGCCUCGGCCCUCCUGGGCUUCCUAGGUCUAGGCUCUACAUACGUGGUUGCACUCGUAGUCUAUCGCCUCUACUUCCAUCCUCUUGCCAAAUAUCCAGGACCAUUCCUGGCCAAGAUUACUGACGCUUACCAACUCUACCACGCCUGGAAGGGCGAUCGACACCUCGAGUUCUGGCGUCAGCACGAGCGGUACGGCCGGGUCGUGCGAUUCGGGCCCAACAGCGUCUCCUUCAAUAGCAACACGGCUCUCAAGCAAAUUUACGGAUUCAAAUCCAAUGUGCGCAAGGCCGAGUUCUACGAUGCUUUUGUGCAUCCGGCACCCAACACCCACAAUACGCGCGACAAGGCCAUGCAUGCCCGCAAGAGGCGCGUGCUCAGCCAUGGCUUCAGUGACGCCGCCAUGAAGGAAAUGGAGCGCUACAUCUUGGCCAAUGUGCGCACCUUUUGCGAGCAGGUCGGCAUUGGUGCGUCCAACGAGAGUAAGGGCUGGACAGUGUCCAAGAACAUGGCCGACUGGUGCAAUUACCUCGCAAUGGACAUUCUGGGAGACUUGUGCUUUGGCAAGGCCUUUCACAUGUUGGAGCGCCCGGACAAUCGAUAUGCUCUCGAACUGGUCUCCUUGGCAACUACAAGACAUUUGAUUUGUGGCACUCUCCCGAUUGUCGGCAAGCUCGGCUUGGACAAGGUCUUGUUCCACCGAAUCGCAGCUGGUCGUGCCAAGUACAUGGCAUACAGCAAGUCGCAACUAACUGAACGGACAAAGCUGGGAGACGAGACAGAUAGAAGAGACUUUUUCUAUUACCUUCUCCGAGCAAGAGACCCGGAAACUGGCCAAGGCUUCUCGACUCCCGAGCUAUGGGGAGAAUCCAAUCUACUCAUUAUCGCGGGCUCUGACACGACGUCGACGGCCAUGGCUGCAACCCUGUUUUAUCUCGUGCGCAGUCCCGCAUCUCUUCAAAAGGCGACGGAAGAGAUUCGCGCCAGAUUUAGCGACGUUGAAGAGAUCCAUCAAGGACCCGGACUCACAAGUUGCACGUAUCUCCGCGCAUGCAUAGACGAGGCCAUGCGCCUGUCUCCCUCGGUGGGUGGCAUCGUUCCCCGCGAAGUGCUGCAGGGCGGCCUCGUCGUUGAUGGCGAGCACAUUCCGGCCGGAACCGUGGUCGGCGUGCCGCACUACACGAUCCACCACAACGCCGACUACUACCCCGACCCAUUCCUGUACAACCCCGAGCGAUGGAUUGCAGGAUCUAGCAAGAGCUACGGCGUCGUCAGCGAGUCGAGCGUCGAGACGGCGCACAGCGCCUUUUGCCCAUUCUCCAUCGGACCUCGUGGGUGCAUUGGCAAGGGGUUGGCCUAUAUUGAAAUGUCGACGACGUUGGCCCGCCUACUGUACAUGUAUGAUUUGCGCAAGUCGGCUGGUCCUGACCCGGCCGAGGGCAAGCCGAGCAACGAGUGGGGUCGACAGCGCCCAGAGGAGUUCCAAUUGAUUGAUCAAUUCACCAGCUUGAAGGAUGGGCCGAUGGUGGAGUUUAGGAGACGUCAAUGA